AUGCAGAUGCAGAUGGCAGAAUAUGCAGACAUAUUGGACAAGUCAUUGUACGGUUUUCGAUCGACGACGGCCCAAUGGAUCCACUUCGACAAACAGGAGAUGAAGAGGGAGUCUGUGAAGUGUUUGUAUUCGUCAGGAAACACUAUAACCGCUACUCCCGCUGCUGCUAAUACCGAUACUAUCAUCGCUACUACUACUUCUGCUGCUGCUGCUAUUACUACUACUACUACUACAACUACUAACGCUACCACUUCUACCGUUGCUGUUUCUACUACUAUCACCAGUGCCACUAAUACUGCUACGAACUCUAUCGAUUUUACUGAUGCUUCUGCUGCCACUCCAAUCAAUCCCACUGCUGACUCUGCAGAAUCCACCACUGUUUCACCUACAACCAGAGACAUUGCUAUUGGUGUUGAUAAUACUGCUACUAACGAGGAUGAUGAGCACGAGGAGGAUGUGGUAUACAUUACAGGAAAGCAAAUGUAG